CUGUCCCGAGCGACCUCUGGCAUGUUGAAAGCUUUCAAAAUAUGUCUGUAAUCCCCGCCCAAGGCCACACCGACUCCACAGAUAGAACAAGGAGCGCAGACUCACCGGGAAUGACGCUAAUCUCAAUCACUGAUUGGACAAAUGUCCCAAAUUAAUGGAGCGAGGGCAGUUCCGGGAUUCCAACAUUGGCCUAGCAUACUAGCAAUUAGCCGCGGGACCGAAACGCACUCUUAAGUACUUGAAAACACCAGCCCUGGACGUCAGGAGGUGCCCUCCGAUUGGCCUAAUAGACAACGACGGUGUGUGACAGAACACUUGAGUGUGUGCGAAGAAAUAAAGAGGGCGAGAAAGAAGAGGACCCGCAGUUGUCUGAGUGGCUUAUUCUUCUUUCUGCGUGGCUCCAUUUCAAAGGGAUCAUGGGAAAAGAGGCAUGUUUACGGCGAAACCAUGGCGACACAGAUUUAGGCCCUGUUUGGGAUGAAUUGAUUUGACCUGCAUUGUCACAGACUGAACAAAACCGCUAGAUAAACAGCUAAUUGGUCCAGUUGACCCAACAAGACUGAUCUCACCAUUCUUUCAUAUUGACGGAGUACUGAAAUAGUGGAUACAACAUUUUAAAUAGCUUUUGUGUACAAGUUUUAAUGUUUGAAAAAGCUGCAAGUGUAUUUUUGCUGGGCAGCUUUAAGACUGGCUUAAAGUUGAGAUUUUUGUUUGUCUCAACCGUUGCUGCCUCCGCAGGAUAUAGAGCCUUGAACUCUCCCCUUUGCAAGCAUUCUGUCGCACUUUCCGCUAUCUCACAAAGACACAUUUCAGUGCCUAGAUACACCUUUUCUAAGACCAGAGUUCAGUCGAUGGUCACUGCUCUGCUAGAGAACCCUGUUCUGCUGUUUCAUAGGAUGUCCUGUUACUACCUCCUCAUUUCUGCCCCACAUUUCCCUUACCAGAAUUUGUAAAUGGACAACUGUUAACACUCAAGCACUGAGUAAUAGCUGAGGCGUUAUAGCAAGUUAGUGUUCAAUGCCUGUGGAGGGUUGGUUUGUUGUCUCACCAGGUCAGAAAGUGGUUGUUCAAGCAGUUCGUUGUGUGUGUCCUUGUGGGUCUUUGUUGCGCUACACAGGAGAGAUUUUGUUGAUUUAUUUAUAUUGUUGAACCAAAUAAGGUUACAUGAAGCCAUAUAGAAAUAUUUCUAAGAGUCGCAAUUAUUUUUGUAUAAUAGUGUAACGUUUUUAAGAUGUGUAAAAGUUAUAUAGUCUAAUAUAUACCUGCAAAGUUAUACACACAUGUAAACAAAGGUGUAGACUUUACUAUAAAAUCAUUAUUUUAGUUUUUAAGUGGUUUUAUUGGCUGAAGUGCAAAUAUCUGGCUAGCUUUCUCUAAGAUGUUUCUCCCAAACAGCUGCUUUGUGUAAUAUUACAAGUGCUGGUCCCUAAGAUCCUUCCCUUCUACCAUCAUGCGCCCUUAUCCCAUACGGACACCGAGGUGUUCUCUCUGACCCGUCCACCACACUUCUCUUUAGAUAUACCCCUUCUACCUCUCUCUUUCUCUCUCCCUCUGAUGCCGGGGUUUAGUAGUGGGGGGCUAGGGGGAGAAGUGGGUGGCCCCGCCUCUUCUUCUCCCCGUCGGUUCCACCCCAGCCGCUAUGUACCCGUCUCCGCGGCAACCACCUUUCUGGUCGCCUCCACCACACUCUUCUUCUGCUUCACGUGUCCGUGGUUGUCAGAGCAUGUCUCCUCCGUCGUUCCCAUCUAUAACGCUGUGGUCUUCCUCUUCACCCUCGCCAACUUCUGCAUGGCCACCUUUAUGGACCCAGGGGUCUUUCCCAGAGCGGAAGAGGAUGAGGAUAAAGAGGAUGAUUUCCGCGCUCCGCUCUAUAAGACAGUGGAUAUCAAGGGCAUUCAGGUCCGGAUGAAGUGGUGUUCCAGCUGCCGCUUCUACAGACCACCCCGCUGUUCACACUGCUCUGUGUGUGACAACUGUGUGGAGGACUUUGACCACCACUGCCCAUGGGUCAACAACUGUAUUGGGCGCAGGAACUACCGUCACUUUUUCCUGUUCCUGUUGUCCCUGACGAUCCACAUCAUGGGUGUGUUCGGCUUCGGCCUGCUCUACAUCCUCCACCACCAGCACCAGCUGGACAGGGUUCACUCCGCUGUCACUAUGGCUACAAUGUGUGUUGCUGGCCUCUUCUUCAUCCCAGUAGCAGGUCUUACUGGUUUCCACAUGGUACUGGUAGCUCGGGGUAGGACCACUAACGAGCAGGUCACAGGGAAGUUUAGGGGCGGCGUUAACCCUUUCACCAAUGGCUGUCUGAGGAACAUCUCACACGUGCUCUGUAGCGCUCAGGCUCCCAGGUAUGUGGGGCGGUGGCGGGGCAAACAGACAGCGGAGGUGCAGCCUCCCUUCCUCCGCCCUCCUCUCUCCGAGGCCCAGCUAGAAGCCAAAGUCCUGGACAAUGGCAUCCAGAACGACUGCCACAGCACCAGGUCUAAGAGCAGUUUAGAGCAGAUGGAGAGCCAGUCAGCUGAUGCAGAGCCUCCACCUCCUCCCAAACCGGAGCUCCGCUACCCUGGUCUGCCCCGCGCUGACACCGAGGAGAGCAGCUUGCUGUCUGAUGGUCCGCCCACUCCAUCUAUGUACAAGUACCGGCCGGCCUAUAGCAGCCCACAGAUGAACCACACAGCUCUGACACACCCAAACAAGAUGAUUCGUGGGGACAGUCUGGACUCUCCCUCCAUCCUCCAGUCGAGUUGCCAGCCCAGCUAUCGAUCUGAGCCCAGCACCCUUGAUGGGGGGUCGAUAAUAGGUGUGGGGGUGCAUAAGGGGGGAAGGGAAAGGGGCGAGGGCCCCGGGGGAACCAGCGGGACGGGUGGUGGCGUCUCGGGGGGCAUCUCCGGGUACUCCCUAGGGGGGCGGUCGUACACUUCCUACCCCUCAUCUCUUGUCUUGUCCACCGGUGGCUCCCUCUCAUCCAGCAUGCGCUCUGCCCACACGCACCACAAUACUCUGGGCACGCUCCAAUCAGAGGGCACCACCGACACCAGCUACAAGAGCCUGGCCAAUCAGACACCUCGGAAUGGCAGCCUGUCCUACGACAGCCUGCUGACACCGUCCGAGAGCCCAGAGUUUGAAUCGGCUGCUCAUGAGCUGUCCCCCCAGAAGCACCACACCCCCGCAGCGUUUCCCCCGGCGACUACCUUCUCCUUGCCGGCCCCCGGGGUCGGGGAUGCCCUGCAGGGGUACACCUCGCCCUUCCUCUCUGCACAGAUGGCCCAGCAGAGAGAGGGCCAGCUGCUCCAGGGCUCUGCCUCUUUCUCCUCCCCCCACAGGGCGUACCUACGCGCCAUCAGCCCGCCCCUGCCGACUCCUCCCCCACACACUGCUCACCCCGAGACACCGCACCUCCUCCACCAGGACACCAGACACCCACACCUCCGUGCCGCCUCCUCUCGCCCCCUUCCUCCCGUCUCUGAACAGCCCUCCCCGUCCUCCCCCCGUGCCUGUUCCCCUGACCCCCCUGUGUCCCCCCUGCCCCGAGGCCUCUCCCUGGGGCAGUCUCUCUCCUACACCCGAGAGGCAGGGCUCCAGCACAAGGCUCGGCCAAUGGGAGGAGGUGGUUUGUCGGGAGGGGGCGAAAUCGGAGGGACCCAGGCUCCACAAUCCACAUCUCGCCCAGGCUUGGCCAAUCACAGUACAUCUAAACCAGGGGGCGGGGUGAAAAAGGUGACUGGCGUCGGAGGGACAACCUAUGAGAUAUCGGUUUGAGUGACAGACGUCCGCCCCGGCCAAUGAUAGAAAGAAGAUUGUUCCACUGGACAGAUUCCAAAUUUCUUACUCUGAGGGGCUUCAAGAUGGAUGUUCACUAAAAUGCACCCACACAAUGGUCAAUAUGGAGUCGGAUAGUGGAAUAGAAGUGUGUUGGCUCACUGGUAUUUCAAUUACCUUCCUAUCCUUAUAGUGCAACUGGCCAUCUUUAUCUGCCAAUCUUUCAUAUUGGAUGUUGAUCAGUGUUGGAAUGGGACAACCUUACCUCGGCCUCUCUGUGAGCCAUAGACUGUAUAACAUAAAUGCUAUUAUGACUGCGGGGUACUAAACUCUCUCUAUAACACUUAUAUAAAAAUAUGAUUUGUUUUGGUACAUUAACACAUGGAGAAUUUAUGCGAUAAAAUAUAAUCCUGGAAGGAAGUAAGGCUUUUUAACCAAUCAGUAUGGUGCCUGAGAGGGCGCAUAUGGACUGGUGACCAAUCGUGGCACUCUGUGGUUUAAGACUUCCUGCUCCAUCAUAUGGAUGAAUCAAUCACAAUGGAUCCCCACUCCACAGUAGUCAUUAAUUAGUUAGUCUGCAGUGAUGAUGCCUCAACCACUAUAAUUUCAUUUUAGUUUUCUAAAAAACCAAAGCUUUAUUUAAUUGUUUUAUAUAAAUGUCUAAAAAAAUCUUUAAGAAUUAUUGGGUCAGAUGAUGAAGAUAUAGUUUAUUUUGCUUUGUGACAAACUGUUAAUGUGAGUGAGUUAGACUGGUCGCUUGUUUUGAUUGAAGGCUGCUUCAGCCUGUCAUAGAUCUUGAUGGAAUUCAUCAUCCAAUGUGAUGAUCCUCUCUGACGGACAGCUGAAGUGACAUCACUGAGGAUGUUGAAAGCCACAAAGAAAAUAGAAAUUCUGAAUCACAAAUACAGCACAAGCCUCUUUGUGGAAUGUACACUCAAUGUUUUUUAUUGAUACAUUAUUCAAAUUCUCUGUUUGUAGUUUUAAAUGAUUGUCCUUUUGAUGUUCAAUGUUUUCUGUCAAUCGAAUGCUAGAAAAACCUUAUAAAGAUGUCUAGCCAAAUGGGUUUAGGGUGGGAGGGGCUUAUUUAUUUGAACACACAGGGAAACCUUUGCGCUCUUAACACAAUUCCAAACCGAUAUCUACGUCCUGGAGUUGGAUGAAGUUGCCCCUAGACAAUGGGGCUUUUUGACCCUAAUGGUUAAGGUUAGGACUAGGGGAUGUUAAGAUUAUCCUAGAUCUGUUCUCAGAAGGGUCAUUUAUAACCCAGAGCGCACAUCGCUGUCAUAGUGCCUUGUCCUUAAAUUCUAAUGUACUUGGACAAUUCCAAGAAAUCAAAUUCUGGGGGGUGGUUUAUUUAUAGAUGGUAUAAUGGUAUAAUUAUAGAUAUUCUAUAGUAAUGUCUGAUUGUUAAUAGAAAUAUGUAUGAUGUGUCUUGGGGGGGGGGGGUUGAAAUUGAGGACUGUUUUGAUUGUUUUUUUGCCUUGAUACCAUUUGUAGUAAAACUAAGCAUUUUGUUUUUUACAGUAUUUCGUAUGACUACAGCCAGAUAAGAAUGUUAUAUUUGAGUUUGUUUUGUAGAUAUUCUGGCCUCUUGAUUUCUUUAUUUUGAAUCUCUUUAUGGUACAAUUUAACAUUUUGGCCACAAAUACGUUUAGGAAGGCAUGGUCAGAAACACAGAGGUGGGUGAGAAGUGGUGUUAUGUUUAAUCCAAAACUAUGAGAGUUGGAAUGUCAAAGCUAGCUGAAUAUAACACAUGUUAUGUUCUGAAGCACACAAAGUAGACUAUCCCACCAACCAAUCAAACAGCAGCAUGGCCAGUCAGUGUGUGUGCGUCCCACUCGUUUAGAUGUGUGUGUGUGUGUGUGUGUGUGUGUGUGUGAGAGAGAGAGAAUAUCCUUGCCAAAUGCACACCCGGUUGAUAUGUAUGAUGACAAUAGUUAAGCAUCAUAAUGGCACAAAAAGUCAGACAUACAGGACUGGAGAAAGUCUGACUUACUUUGGUGGUGAAGAAGUGAAUAUACAUGAGUAAAUUAGAACACUAUUGUUGUAAGCUGGGCUGAAUGAAAAGAGUGUCACAAAUGACUUCAAUGAUGAAUAUGAAAAAGACAGUUCCAAAAUGGCCUUAUGAAGUGGUUUUUAAAGAUGUCUUCUCAGAUUAAAAGGUUGCCCUGAUGGAAAAA